ACUCACUCGAGGACCCUCAGCUUACAUCGUUUACCUGCCAUUACCGCACUCUGUGUAGGUGGUGGAACGGCAUGAUACAGAUGUUUCAAGGCGAACCAUCCCACUUAUAGUUGCGGCUUUCUGUCGUUAACUCCUGGAUGCAGAAAUGGGGCUUCCUCAGAAGAAGUCUUCGACCCGUCGUUAAUCGCCCAUUUCUUUCUGUCAAUGGAAGGAGAGGGUUUCAUAUCAGGGUUACAUACUGAACUUCGAGACGAGAUGACUCUGGGUUUGAUAAAUGGGUAGAAAAGAACGGGGUGCGAUUUGGUAUUGCCACCUUGAAAUCGGGUCGUGGGUGUGGAUGUUAAUUUCCUUGGGCGUUGGACAGGGACGGGAAUGGGAUGCUACCCCGUGCCCAGGUACUUUUCUCCUGCUGCCCGACAUAUCGGACAUGUAGCGGAAGGGACUUGUAUCUAGCGUCGAGAGCUAUCCUCAACAAGUGUGAGGAUAGAUGACUCCAAGAAACGGGCCUGUGAAAAAUCAAGAAAAACUUUGAGCAUGAGGAUAACUAUGCACAAGCCCCACAAAUGUAUAUAUUCUAACUAAUCGGCUCUGAAAGCCUAAAAUCAGGUCAAUCCUCCGUGAUAGUACAGUCUGUACUCCGGAUCAUAAUAAUUGCGACUACUCCCUCCAGCCCUGUACAAUCAUCGUGCCCCACAACUCGCUCCGAAAACACGGACAGAUAUGUCCUGUACAUAUCUGCCACAUCUUCCCAUGGCACUUAAAUUAUGGACCUAAUCCUACUCGCAACUAUUGCCCCUGCAGCUCCAACGAGAAAUCCAGCUCCGAUAUCUAGACCACCGCGCUGUCCUCACCAUAAGUAAUCAGCCAAAUAUAGUCCACGGCUGCUGGACUGUUAGUCUUCUUGUCCCAAACUUUGUAGCGUCCAUCUAGCGAAAAGAAGCAUUUCCAACCCAGUUUCCAAGAAAUGGCAGCAAAGGCGAGUCACCUGACCUAUCCUGAGCCUGGGACGAUGGACCUCGGCUCUCGGCCCACUAUCGCAAAGGUUUGUUCAGGUGGGCAUUUUUUAUGGCUGCCAUGUCAGUGAUCCCUUUAUAAAUCUCGUCGUGUCCUCCUCUGGUUAUGAUUCUUAGAUCCUUCUCCUAUGCUUCUUGUCUUCAUUGUUCAUAGAGUCCUGAUAGAAUAACCCUUCCGGACCCCUCCACUCUUUUUGCAAAAUGGGAUUCAGCACAGCGCUGACCCAGAAAUUGGGUAUCACGGUCCCUGUCGUCCAGGGUGGAAUGCAAUGGGUUGGUUAUGCUGAGCUUGCUGCGGCUGUCAGCAACGCUGGCGGUCUCGGAAUCCUCACCGCGCUCACCCAACCCACCCCGGAGGACCUCCGCAAGGAAAUCCGCAGAUGCCGCAUGAUGACCAACAAACCCUUCGGCGUAAAUAUCACUCUACUCCCCGCCCUCGCUCCACCAGACUAUGGUGCCUACGCCCAGGUGGUCAUCGACGAAGGAAUUCGCAUCGUCGAGACCGCCGGCAACAGCCCUGGUCCUGUCAUUAAGCAGCUCAAGAAGGCUGGCAUCAUCAUCCUUCACAAAUGCACCACGAUCAGGCACGCCAAAUCCGCUGUGAAGCUCGGUGUCGAUUUCCUCUCUAUCGACGGUUUCGAAUGUGCUGGCCACAUUGGCGAAACCGACAUCACUAACUUCAUCCUCCUCAGCCGAGCACGCCAGGAUCUUAAGACGCCUUUCAUUGCCUCGGGUGGAUUCGCGGACGGAUACGGCCUUGCUGCCGCCCUGGCUUUGGGUGCUGAGGGUAUCAACAUGGGCACAAGGUUUAUGGCCACUAUCGAAGCUCCAAUUCAUAUGAAAGUGAAGCAGGCUAUCGUAGACGCCAGCGAGGAAGAUACCCAGCUAGUCAUGCGUAGAUGGAGAAACACCACCCGACUUUUCAAGAACCAUGUUGCCAUGGAGGCUUACAAGAUUGAAAAGGAGGCUGAGUCGGAUGACUUCUCACAGAUCGGCCCCUAUGUCAGUGGCAAGCGUGGGCGAGAAGUGUUUAUCAACGGUGAUAUUCAUUACGGUGUCUGGACCGCCGGUCAGGUUAUGGGCUUGAUCCACGAUAUUCCAUCCUGCAAAGAGUUGCUCACUCGCAUCGAGAGGGAAGCCGUUGAGGUGAUGUCGAAAACAAGCAAGCUCUACACGCCAACGGCGAAACUGUGAUUCCACGGUUAUUAGUCUUUUCUUCAACUUUUCGUUUGGUUCCCUUUUAUGUUCUGGGUUGGUAUGUUGACUUUGUUUAUACAUCGCUACUGAUAUAUAUACUUUUGGGGAUGGGGGCCACUUAGGAGUCGACGGAUAGAAUACUCUAUCAUCGGGGUCUUAUUACGGUUUUGUAUACCACUUUUAGAUAUAUAUAUAUAUACACAUAUUAUUUCCUUGGCUUACCCAACCCUCUUUCUCUCUUUCCAAGGUUGUCCAGCUCGAUUUUUUCUUUCUAAAUAAGACAAUGUCUGUUCACUCUAUCAAACGGCCAUGGCGUCUUGGUUUUAGAAAUAGAUAUCAGAAUAUAAACGAAAGAUAACAGCGUUUGGUAAUUGCGCCAUUCACUUAGGAAUUGCACUAUCCCAUAGUUCACCUACAUCCGGCACUACAUGGACGGGAGGAACCUCCUCAAUGGCAACCACUUCCAAUUCCCCAAAGCACUUCAAGUCCUUUUCCCCCAACCGCUUUUUAAACCAUACUAUCUAGGUACUCGAAUUCUAGCAAUCGAUAUAAGACAGCUACGAUGCACAUAUAUCGUGUCACGCCUGAGAACAGCGUCCGAGACACGCCCCUGUCGAAUAUUUUCAAACCUCAAACACGAGAGGGAUGUCAAAGGGGAAUAAAUGU